AUGAAAUUGAUAGAUGACACGUCGCCGUCGUCGAAAAAUCCAAAACUCGAGUUUGGGUCGAACGACGAUGGGGAUGAUGACGAUGAGAAAGACGACGACGAUUUGCCCAUGAAUCGAAUGCGGCGUGCAUUUGGCCGAACCGACUAUCUGUUGCCCGAAAACUUUAAGACUCUUCGACGAGCCGACAUCCCGGUGACCUAUCGACUUCAUGACGAUCUUCUACGAUAUUACAGGAAAGGGACCCGACCGGUCACACAUCCGAAAAAGGUCAUCUCAGUGUCAAUGAGCGUGUUUUUAUAUCAAAUUGUGAAAUUGGAUGCCGUCAAAAACACAAUUAGUCUCUCCGGAAGUUUUGAGCUGGUGAGUUUUAUUCGAUUUUUUGUGGUUUCACCGGAACCAGAUCGGUCAAAUAGUCGAAGAUCUUGCGGUACCUAA